AAACCAGAGACUCCUCGGUUUGUUCCUACGUUCCGGUGCGAUCGUUAUUCGUGCUGAAUAUCUACGUGUUUUUGAGAAAAAACAUGGAUCUUCUGUUGAUGGUUCUGUGCAUUUUAGAUGUGUGCCUUUUCCUCUGUUGUAUCGCCUGCUUCUGUAGCGAAGAACCUACGAAGACCGAAUACAUAAAAUCCUACGUCGUGGCUGAUGAAGGCAUUGGCUCUGAUGAUAGGGGAGAGCUUGACGUUCUCAUUGUUGGAGAAGAAGCUGAAAGCAAGAGUGGAAACAAAACUGGAAAUCAGAGCAAAGCUGGCGUUUCAAGGGACGCGCGAUUCGACGAAGAAUCAGACAAGGAAACUGGCAAAGAAAAUGGAGAUGGAUCGGAGGCAGCCGGGGAAGAAAGUAUUAUAGAAUCAGGCGAGGAUUUUCACAAAGUAACUGGGGCGGCAAAGUACACGUACAUACGCGCUGUAGUAGAAAGUAACAAGGGCAUCGAUUUUCAAAUAGACUAAACUACCGCGGAUGAACGUUUAGACGAAGAUUCUGAAUCUGAAAGUAAUGAUUCUUAAUGUGAAAGUGAUGAAGGUUCUGAAUCUGAAAGCGUCAAAGAUUCCAAUUUUGAAAGGGACGAAGAUUCCGAUUCUGAAAAUGACGAAGAUAUGAAUCUGAAAGUGACGAAAAGUUCGAUUAUGGAAAAAGGUGAAGAUUCUGAUUAUGUUCUUACAAGGAUUUCACUUGAUUGCCAAGAUUUUAUUUUCUUUGUUGUUUUUUGUAAGGUUCUCCGAUUUUAUUGCAGCAACGCUCUCCUAUUUCAUUUUAGUGACAAAUCCAAAUGUAAAGGUGUGAAGUAGUGUUUGAUGAUAAGGAGCUCAUAUCUAUGGAUGGCUGAAAGGUCAUAUCUGAUAGUAAGGAAUUUGAUGAGCAGAAAGAUGUACUUAUAGUAUAAUCAUAAUAUGGUAAAUGUUUUUUCCCCCUAAAUUGUACAGCAAUCUACUUAAGGCAGUUAUCAAAGGAAAUGUGGUUGUAUCAUGUCAUUGAUUUGUUGAUCAUAUAUUUUUGAAUUGCUCUUUAUGAUUAAGGUCUUAUUUCAUUUGUUCCUUAUCAUGUAGGUCUUUUCGAUUUGUUCUUUAUCAUUAUGUGACGUGAUUAUGCAUCGGAAGCAUAAUCCAAAUUUGUAAUAAAUUU